AGGCUGGAACUUGGCGAAGAGCACCCUUAAAAUGUGUGAAGAGAUGUCUCACCUUCUGCGCAACAUUCGCAGCAUCAUCUGCAUUUUCGAGAAGUAUGCCAAGGAUGAUGGGGACUGUGGUACCUUGAGCAAAGGAGAGCUGAAACAGCUGAUCCAGACGGAGUUCGCUGACGUCAUUGUGGAUCCACAUGAUCCCAAGACAAUAGAGACGGUGCUCCAUCUGUUAGACACCGACUGUGACGGCAAAGUAGGUUUUGAAGAAUUUACAGUCCUGGUCUUCAAGGUGGUCAAAGCCUGUUAUAAGAAAGUCCAAGAAUGCCAGCAUACAGCAGGUGGACCAUCCAAGAGAGAUAUCACCAACAUUCAGCAGCGGGACAUCCCACCUCAACAAAUGUCCAGAGAUGGACCAUCCCAGAGAGAUACCUCCAGCACACACGCCGCUGUCUUCAGGAACCUCUCAGCCCAGAUCAAGAAGCAAGUCAAGAUGUUCUUCAGAGUGCUCCCCAACAAUCAUCCCAACAACGUCAGGUGGAAGAGCAGAGUAGCACACUUCAUGAGGAAGUGA